AUGGCCAAGAACCGAAAAGAACCGAAAAUCAAGCUUCGCCAGCCAGACCGUUCCGCGCCCACCGAAAAGACGCUGCUGGACAUUGCGUCCGAACGAUCCCUCUUCGAACAAGCCGCCCGGCGCGAGAGACAACUUGCCGGCAAAAACGAAAGUGACGACGAAGAUGAUGAAGAGGCCAAGCUAUCGCCUGGAGCGGAGCGGUUCCUCGAGGCGCUGCUGUACACGACGACGCUGGCGAUGCUGCACUUUACGUUUGACGUCUUGGUGAUGAAGCAGUACGGCACGGAGAUUAAGUGGAAAAGAAUCACCAUCAAUGCUGGCCGGGCGUGGUUGGUCUUCUUCUUCCUCUUCUACACGCUCCACCCCUCCGAGCCAAACCAGAUCCUCAUCCCCGGCCUCCCGCGCCGCUUCCAAAAGACGCUCCGCCAGAUGCUCUUCUUCGCCAUGAGCUGCGUCGCCGGGUGCGCCCUCGUCUACAUCACGAAUUCAAAGGGCUACCUGUACAACAUGAAGCGCGCGCCCCCGCUCGGGUGCCUGUGGCUGUGGGCCGUCGUCGAGCUGGACUUGGUGUGGGCGGUGCCGAGCCUUUUGGUGACGGGGGCAUAUGUCUGGCUGAAUGGGUACUCGAUCAAAUAA